AUGAUAACGUCAAACAACGCGGAGUCUCUCAAUGCAUUAUUUAAGAGGGAUCGAGAGUUACUCAUUCUCGCACUGAUUGAGAAUAUCCGUAUGAAGCUACAGCAGUGGUUUCACGAUCGAUGUGCGGAAUCACAUAAUUGCACAACUGUGCUAGUCCCAGUACAAGAGGUAAAGCUCUUCAAGGCUGCAGAGGCUGGGAGAAAGUUAAAUGUCGAACUACUAGACGAGUCGCGCUUCUCUGUGGAAUGUGCACGUCAUACGGCAUAUAUGGUAGAUUUAAGUGAUGGAACAUGCACUUGUAAACAAUUUCAGUUAGAAAGUUUUUCAUGUGAGCAUGCAGUUGCGGUGGCUAUGUAUCGAGGAUUUACAGCGAGAAUAUUGUGCCAUCCUUAUUACACUGCUGAAAACUGGAGAGUUGCGUAUGUUGAAACCAUAUUUUCGCUUCCAAAUGAAGUCGAGUGGGAAGUUCCCGAUCAUAUUCGUCCGUUCAAUACAUUGUCACCACCUCUCAUUGAACCACGUGGUCCUGGACGUCCAAGUACUUCUAGAAUACCAUCUACUGGAGAGUUUUCCCGAUCGCGUAGGUGUAGCAGGUGCAAAUCAGUAGGACAUACUCGCCAAUUUUGUACAAAUCAGGUUCCCCUAAAUGACAGUUAG